CAAGCAAGCAAUCUCCCCAUCUGUUACGAUCUCAUUAGCUUGUUUUUGAGCACACUUUUUAAUCCAAUUUUGUAGAUUCUAUAUGCUGUUUUGCUGUAAAUGUGAUAUUUUUUGCCUUGAUUUGUUCUGUGAUUUGAGUGCUGUUGUUGAAUUUCGCGCUCUGUUCACUGUAUGAUGGUUUGGAUAUAGCUUGAAUGUUACCGUGUUGCAGGAAGGUUUCUGUAUUGAAGAGUCCAAAGAGUUUGCGUGCAAUAAUUGGAUAAUUAGUUUGUUUCUGUCGAGAUUUCCUUGUAAUUUGAAGUGUUGGAAGGGCAUAUUGCUUACUAAACACCGGUUACUUGGCAUUCAUGGCGACAUUCCGUGAUUCUGUAAAGAAGGUACCUUUGAGAUGGUAUCCGGUAACCACAUUGAGUUCCGACCAAUCCAGAGUCAAGCUGGCGGUGGACUCCAUUCAAAGGGGAGCUCAUUCAAUGGAUGUUGCUCAAUUCAAAAGGGAGUAAAUGGAAGCCUCCCACAUAACAAAAAGGUUAAGGUUGUCUUUGUCCUGGGAGGCCCAGGAAGUGGCAAGGGUACUCAAUGUGCAAAGAUUGUUGAACAUUUUGGUUACACCCAUUUGAGCGCCGGGGAUCUCCUUCGAGCAGAGAUCAAGUCUGGUUCUCAAAAUGGGAUCAUGAUUCAGAGGAUGAUUAAAGAAGGAAAAAUCGUUCCUGCUGGGGUAACAAUUGCCCUUCUCCAAAGAGCAAUCCAGGAAACUGAGAAUGAUAAAUUUCUUAUUGAUGGUUUCCCUCGCAAUGAGGAAAACCGUGAAGCUUUUGAACGUAUUACUGGAAUUCAGCCAGAUUUCGUACUCUUCUUUGAUUGUACUGAAGAAGAGAUGGCGAGGCGCCUUUUGAACCGGAACCAGGACAGAGAAGAUGACAACAUUGUUACUAUAAGGAAGAGGUUUAAUGUUUUCAAGGAAUCUACACUCCCAGUUAUUGAAUAUUACAAAUCAAAGGGCAAGGUUCUAAAGAUUGAUGCUGUCAAGCCUCCAAAUGAAGUUUUUGAAGCAGUCAAAGCAGUAUUCACAGAUGGAAAGGUAAAGCAGCGCUGCAAUGGCUUGGAUAAAGUCAAUAUCCCUUGCUAUGCAUGGAGAAUGAUGUUUAGGAGAUCGAUAGUGUAAUUCUGCUUGUAAGAUUUGUUGCCAUAAGCCCAUAAUAAUAGUUGCAUUACCAUUCUGUAAAUUUGUUGCAGAUAAAUUGUUGUUAUACAAAUAUGAUACCGUUUUCUGCAAUGGUAUCAAGAACCAAUGCCAGCCUGCCUUCUAUCC